GGAAGACUUUGUUAAGCUGGCUCGUUGGCACAGGCUGGUUGGCUGAGAGGCAAAGCGACAGAGUAGCAAUGGCUCGGCUGUCGGCGUUACUUCUGUUACCGGUUCUCAUUGAAUCGGCGUUUUCCAUCUCUUUCUUUUUACCCGUCAACUCGAGGAAGUGUUUACGGGAAGAGAUCCACAAAGACGUGCUCGUCACGGGAGAGUACGAGAUAAGCGAGCAGCCGAGCACCAAAACGAACCUGAAGAUCACAGAUUCCUCAAGCCACACACUCUACUCCAAGGAAGAUGCAACCAAAGGGAAGUUUGCAUUCACCACAGAGGACUACGACAUGUUUGAGGUGUGCUUUGAGAGCAAAUCCCCCAUGGGAACUGGGAGAGUGCCAGACCAAUUGGUCAACCUGGACAUGAAGCACGGUGUGGAGGCCAAAAACUACGAAGAGAUUGCCAAGGUGGAGAAGCUGAAGCCUCUGGAGGUGGAAUUGAGGAGACUAGAGGACCUGUCUGAGUCCAUCGUCAGUGACUUUGCUUACAUGAAGAAAAGAGAGGAGGAGAUGAGGGACACCAAUGAGUCCACCAACACACGCGUGCUGUACUUCAGCAUCUUCUCCAUGUGCUGCCUCAUCGGGCUGGCCACGUGGCAGGUCUUUUACCUGCGCCGCUUCUUCAAGGCAAAGAAGCUGAUCGAGUAGAGAUCAUCCUCCAGCUCCUUUUGUUUUGUUUUUUUUGGGGGGGGGGCUCGGCCAACAUCCAUUCUGCUUGGACGGCAAGUUUUAGCGGGGGGGGGCUCAAAUUAAUUGUUGUUUUUUUUCCCACAUGGUUGUCCAGUUGUGGAAAGGAGACAAACACAUGCAAAUAUUGGCCUGCUUGUUUUGUGGUUUGAAACAUGAGUAAAGCACUGCGUGGGGACAAAUGUACUGUGAGACGCGUCAUAGUACGUCACCUACGUCACCUUUCCGUCUGCACUCUUCUGUUCCAGCUUUCCAAGUCAGAGCUUGUUCCUUCUGUCAUGUUUGUUGGCAAGCUCCCGUUGAAUGGAUGUGCCAUGAGAAUGUCUUUCGCCCUCCUGUUGAUAAACACUUUGUUCGCCAGGUCCUUGGUGCCCCUUUUUAUCAAGUGAAGGCUAUAUGAACUUGUGGUUUGUUGUUACUUCUUUGGCAACCACUAUACUUCUGUGAUAAGUCGCUUCAUCUUUGCAUUUAGCCGUGUUACACUCUUUACUUUGUUUUUUUCAUACUGUAAAUGGCCCCUUGUCACAUCUACACUUUAUCUUUUUUUUUGACUUGGGUCACUGCUCAUGUAGAUUAUUUUUCUGUUUUCAAAACACCCCAUGAGUGAGUCAUUCAUCAAGUCAUCUUUUGCAUUUAACAGCUAGGUAAAGUGGCCCGACCAACCUAAAUGUUAAACACUGGUAAAUGAAAUCUCUUCCCAAUUACAGUAGUUGCAGAUCCAUCCAAUGUAUUGGUUUAUUUUCUCUCUCCUUAGGAGGCUUGGUUAGAUGGAAAUCUGUCAUGAAGCAGGCAAAAAAUGGUAUUCUGGUAAAGGUUAAUGAUUAAGGCGUCUGUCAGUUAUCUUUUUAACAGUGAACCUGUGCCUUGUGCACUAUCAUUUUUAUUUUGUUGACAGAAAUUUUGUAAACUUGUGUUGGGCUUUUAUUCAAUAAAAUAUUGGAUGGAUUUACAUAAAUAUGGUGAAAA